UCAUCACUUACCUGAAGGACUUGGGCAGUUAAAAUGUCAGCUGGAUAGCAGAUUUUCCUAGAUUUAGAUUAACUUAGUAGAUUCCUUUACCUUAGCACGAAUAACUCUACCGGUAUUACACUGCGAGCGCUUGACCCCCCUCUUCAACUGUCGAAUCGAAUCGAUCGUAAUGGAUUCGUUUUGGUGGAUUAUCUCUGCUGUGUGCUUGUGCUCUACAACUUUUCUGAGUAUUGAGGCUCAGAGCGUGGCACCCUACUUCAUAACGACACCCUCAAAUUCAACAGCUGUAUUACAUGCAGAUGUGCGAUUAGACUGUCAAGCCUUUGGGAUACCUGCACCAACACUGAAAUGGGUGAAAUAUACUGACAGUGGCGAGACUGUGAUUCAGACUGGUGGGAGGUUUAUUGUGGGUGCUGUCUUUAAAUAUCUUUAUAUUUUGGGGAUACACUGGUCUGAUGCAGGGCGAUAUGGCUGUGUCGCACAGAAUCAGUAUGGAAGAGUCAUAGCUGAUGCUUAUGUUACUGUUGUAACAGAAAGUCCACCCAGCUGGGUCAUCAAGCCACACAAUGUGACAUUGUAUGAAGGACAACAGUACACAUUACCUUGCAAGACACAUGGCUAUCCUACACCAAGCUAUUUCUGGUCACACCAUGGAUCCCUUGUCAUGGACUUAGAUGUGAGAGUCCUUGCGAACAACUAUUUGUUUUUCUCCAAUGCAAAGUCAUUGCACAGUGGCUGGUAUACAUUUACCGCAUCAAAUAUCUAUGGAACUAUUUCUCAUUCUGUCUAUGUGGAUGUGGUCGCAGAUCCAUCAAUUGUCAUUCAGCCUGAAGAUUUCCCCACUGUUCAUGGACGGAUGAUCACAUUGUCGUGUGGUGUAGUCGGCAGUACAUCAUUGAAUGUCAAGUGGGUAAAGAAUGACAGUGAUUUACCAGAUGACAAACUGAUCUCAUUGACACAUCAACUUAAUCAGCAAGCUGUUCAAGUUCAUACAUUGACAAUCAAGAAAACUAGGCGUCGCCAUCUUGGAAAAUACAACUGUAUUGUGAAAAAUGCUAAGGGAAGUGUAAAAAGCAGGACAGCUCAAGUUUUCUAUUCUAGUUCUAUUAUCCCAUUGAAAAUUGAAGUGCCGCAGCUGACAGUGAUUGUCUCUGAAGGAUCUGAUGUGGAAUUAAGGUGUGUGUUCAUUGGAACCCCAACACCUCGAGUAACAUGGCACAAAGAUGGAAAAGUCGCUGAUGUGGGAUUUCCAAUCAUCCAAGCUGUAAACAGCAGAUGUGAAGCGAUUUUAAAACUAAGCAGUGUUACGCAGUCACUUUCAGGGCAUUUUGCUUGUGUAGGGAAUGCAGGGGAUUUAGCAGGCACAGCUGAGGGAAAUAUCACACUGGUUGUUAAAGGAGGAGGUGUACCUGACAUCAAACCACUGAAUGAGUAUAAAGAGACCAAAAAGGAGUCUAACACUACCUUACAGCUCUUUGUUAUGGGAACAGAAGAACCAGACAUCACAUGGUAUAAAGAUGGCAAACAACUGAAAAAUUCUGGUUCCCUUAAACCACAUGCAAAUGGUACAUACCGCGUGGAGCUGGAAAUAACGUCAGCUCAAUACAGUGACAGAGGACUUUACACAUGCACAGCUCAAAACCAGUUUGGAACCAGCUCUGCAAAUGUGACUUUGGCUGUCAAAGGAAUUCCUGAAGCACCAGUGAAUGUCACAGUUAAACCCACAUCUGUCAACACUGUCUUGGUAUCCUGGGUGUCUGGAUAUCACGGUGGAGCUAAUUGUACAUUCACUGUUCAGUUCAAGAGAAGUGACGUGAGAGAAUGGACAUCUUCUGAUGAUGCUAUUUUGGGAAAUGCCACAAACACAGUUUUAACUAACAUGGAGGGUUGGAAUGGCUUGUUUAUCUUCAGAGUGACAGCUGUCAAUCAAUUUGGAUCUAGUGAAUCCAGUGAAGUUCAAGUUACGUUGGGAAACGAUGUCAUUCCACGAAAACGUGUAGAUAAAGAUUCAUCAAUUGGUGCGAUAGUGGGUGGGGUCGUAGGAGGGGUGUUGGUCAUACUGCUGGUGAUUGCUAUUGUGCUGAUCAUGCGCCGCAAACAGAACAAGAAGAAGAAGGGUCCACCUAAACCUCUUCCCUCGGUCUCGUACUCUGUUGUGGGAGAAGAGCAAUAUGCUUACGCGGAUCCGAAUUCCAACCAGCCUACGCCAGAGAGAAGUGACACGUAUUCCUACGUUACCAUCAGGCCUUAUGCUGCCGCGGCCAUGGCAGCAGGAGCUGGUAGUGAGUAUGCAUCAAUCCCUCGACCGAAGCAGUGGGAGGUGCCCAAGAGAAAUGUACGUCUUGAUAAGAAACUGGGCUCCGGUCACUUUGGUAUGGUCAUGAAAGGUUUCCUGACGACAAAGCAAGGCAUUCAAGUUGUUGCUGUUAAGAUGUUGAAAGAAAAUGCUGACCAACAGCAAAAGAAAGAGUUUCUCGACGAACUGGAGCUGAUGAAACCCAUGGCGUCUCAUCCGAACAUUGUUGGUUUGGUUGGCUGUUGUACUAAGUCAAAUAGUCCUUUUAUCAUUGUCGAGUACUGCUCCAUGGGCAACUUGAAGGAUUUUCUUCGUUCCAGUCACGGUAGUGUUGUGUACGCAAACAUGGCUGGAAACAGUCUAACAUUGACCAACCGUGAUCUGUUGUCAUUUGCCUGGCAGUGUGCACGUGGUAUGAGUUAUCUUGCGAGCCAGAAGCUUGUUCACAGGGAUUUGGCUGCUAGAAACAUUCUGGUCGACAAAGGACACGUUUGUAAGAUUGCUGACUUUGGUUUGGCCAGAGAUAUCUAUGAAAAGAAGCAAUAUCUAAAGACCGGAGAGGGGGAGUUACCUCUUCGUUGGAUGGCGAUAGAGUCGAUAUUUAAGGGAAUAACCACUACAAAAAGUGACGUCUGGUCAUAUGGUGUUCUGUUAUGGGAGAUUGUCACGUUAGAUUUUACUAUUUUCAUUACAAUACCUUGUAAAAUGUGUGUGAAAGCCCUUUAUAGUGUAAAUAACGAAUUGAAUUGUAGAUAUGCCAUCAUGUGGGAAUGUUGGCAAGAGGACCCUGAAUCCAGACCGACAUUCCUGGAGUUAGGAAAAACUCUGCACAGACUAAUGACUGCACAGAAGAUUUCUAUUGAUCUGAACAAUUUUGAUGUAAGCUACAUUAAUGCCCCUGAAGAGCAGUAGAAUGCGCAAGACUGCAAAGUUCAAAGAUUUCCACGAUUAUGGUAAUUUAUGUGUGGCAUUUUUGUCACGCGCUCUAGCUAAUAACGCGUGAUGAGUCCGUGUUGAGCGUGCGUUGUCCUGACCGAAGUUGCUAAGCAACAUACUGCACGCUUCUUGUGCCAUGCUGACUUAACUGUUUAAGGGGUCCGAAAUCAGAGACUUCUGGACUGCCAAAUGUAGCGUUUGUUUCACCAACGAUGAGUGAUGUUCCAGACUAUCCACCGGUUUUAAAUUGCACAGGAACUGUCCUCAUCCGCUCUUUCAGAUCUGGUUAUUAGCCGUUUUGGUGAAUACUACAACAAUUAUCUACCUCAGUGGAGAAACAGUGACAGAUAUCCAAUGAUAUGCGCUUUCACUUAGAUAUAUUUUUGGAAUUAUUUAUUAUGUCGAAAAAGUGUAAAAUGGAUACAACUAAGGUACGUUAACAGAUGUAUUAUUAGGAACAUUGCUUAGUUUUCUACAUUACGUCUCAAACGUUACCUAACCAGUGGCUCAAUGAAAGAGAUAAGUGUGUUUCUUUUAAUUUAUUGAGCUACAUUGACCACGUAGAACCUGACGUAAGAAGGAACUCUCUAGUUCUGUCGAUUUUUUCUUAAUUUGAAUAGUAACUACAACUUUUAGUAUUUUUGAAGAUUGUUAUUCAAAUAUUUAACAGUGUUAGUGUAGCUGUUAAUGUGAGCCUACUAGUUUGAACAAAAAAAAAA